AUGAACUCCUUGCGAAAAAUUCGAGGAAAAACCCUAUCUGAACAGUUGCCUGGUCCUAGUACCGCUAAGGAUAGUGAUAAUGAAACCUUUGACAGUGAUGAUAGUAUUAAAGACAAAGACUAUGUUAUAGAUGAUAGUGAAAAAGACAGAUACAGACACGAUUCUUCCAGUGACGUUUGUGAAAGUGAUGAUAUCGUCAAGGUGACUUCAAAAUCUUCCGCCAAAAAAAGAAAAACAGUUUCACAGUCAAUGAACAAACCUUCCAAGAAAACCACAAGUUGCUUCUUUGGUGUAAAAAAAAGUAAAGAAGUUAUUGCAUCAACUCCCAAAAAAUAUUUGGAUUAUUUUAAAUAUGAACUUAAAGAGGGAGCAAAAACCGGAGUAUGUUUAAUUUGUGAAAAAAAUAAAAAAGAUACUUCAAUAAAAAUGAAAAGUGGAAAUACCAAAGGCCUUAAAUAUCACCUUUCCAAAAACCAUCCAACUGAAUUUUCAAUGUUUUUUGGAAAAGACAAUAAGAAAAGUUCUAAACAACAGAAGACAAUUGCUGAAAUAUUUUCAUUUGAAUCUGAGAAGGCUAGUAGUAAGCGGACCCCAACCCCAAAUACACCGCAGUAUUUUGAGAAAUAUGUGAAAUGGAUAUCUAUCAAAUAUCUACCAUUUAAUUUUUUUGAUGAUGAGUCUACAAGGGAAUUUUUCAAGGACGUGCAUGCCGAAAAUGAACCUCCGAGGCGGACUAUAAUGAGAAGAUAUGUCAUGGAAAUUUUUUCGAAAAAACAACAAAAGGUGCUCAAGGUCCUGCAAGAAAAUACUUCAAAUAUUUCAUUUACAAUUGAUGGAUGGUCAUCUAUAAGUGGAAAAUCAUUUUAUGGUAUAACCUCUCACUUUGUGGAUAAGGACUGGACAAUGCAGUCCUUGGUAUUGGAUUUUGUACCAUCGCAUGGAGAACACACUGGUAUGGAUAUUGCUAAUAUAUUUUAUACAUCAAUGGAGAAGUAUGACUUACUCAAUAAAAUACAAGGGAUAACCGUAGAUAACGCUUCGGUUAAUACAAAAUUUCUAGAAAAGUUUCAGGAGAUAAUGGAAAAAAAUGGUAAAACGUUUAACGCUGAAAACCAACAUUUUAGGUGCUUUGCUCAUAUCCUAAAUUUAGGCGUUCAGGAUAUAUUAAAACUUUUAAAGCAAGAUGAAGAAAAAGAUGAAGAAAUGGACGAUGAUACUGAUCAAUUUUACGUAGAAGAAGAAAAAACGUAUGAAAAUAUGCCACCUAUAACUAGAUUAAGAACAUUGUUUAAAAAAAUCAAAUACUCCGAACAGUUACAGAACAAAUUAAAAGUAUGCUGUGAAGCAAGCAAUAUUGCUUAUCUAACGGUGACAUUAGAUAUUUCCACUCGUUGGAAUUCAACUUAUGAGAUGAUUUUGUUAGGAAUAAAAAUGAAAACAGCUAUUGAUGCUUUCUGCGAGAAUAAUCAAAAAUUUAAAUGUUUUAAGUUAAAUCAAACAGAAUGGGAGAUGCUGGGCCUUGUUCAAAAAUAUCUGCGAUGCUUUAAGUAUCUCAGUAAUACCUUAUCAGGAGAUUCCUACCCAACAUUACCACUGGUUAUAAUAGGCUUUAACAUGUUAAUUGACAGAAUAGAAAAUCUGAUGAUAGAACUGGAACAGAAGACAGAACGUUCACCAAGCGACGGAAUAUUUAUUGAAGCUUUUAGAGCAGGUAGAGAUAAAAUGCUUAAGCAUUAUUACAAAGCAAAUUGGGUUUAUUGCGCCUCACUCUUAAUAGAUCCACGUCACAAAUUGGAAACCUUUGCAAUGACUUUCUGGGGUGCAGAAAUGAAAAAUAAGUCGUACCAAAAAUUUGAAGCAAUUUAUUGUGAAAAAUACGCACCGACUAGGCCAAUUCCACCUAUACAAGAAACUGAAGAACAAUCUGGCUCAGAUGAAGACAUGGAUAUUGAAUUUUUAUUCAAAAAGGCUACUCCUCAAUCCGAAACUGAAGAGUUUUGGAAACAAGAACUAAACGCAUACUUUUAUUCGGAGAGAGCAUCAAAAGGGGAGAUAUUGUUGGAAUGGUGGAAAAGAAAUGAAGUAAAAAAUGCUAAUGUUACUGAAUCAUUUGUUUCUAUGCGUAAAAUGUUCAAAAAAUUGUUUGAAUUACCGGAUCUUCUUAAUCAAACCAAAGAUUAUGUAACUGUUACAUUGUAA